GGGCACAGCUAGAGCACAUUCUACCGCGAUACCGGUUUGGGUCGUUUUAGUCGUUUUACGUUCUUGAAAUUACUCGCCUUUCCUUUCAUAGUAGAAGUUAGAUUUAUUUUUCUUUCGUUCACGCGAGGCAAGAGUUUGUUCACGGCGAAAAUUGAGGUCUGAACUCCUACACUUGGUCAAACAGACGAAGAAAGCCUGGGAGAAUUUUACAAUCGACAAAAUGUCGCCGUAGAGACGCUGUAGGUCAAUUCAUCUGCUCAUUGCUUUCAUCCCCGACAUCUAUUGGCGAAAGGCUACUCUGCUUGGUUUAUUUACCAAAGCUGUUCCAAGAUUAUGGUUUCUUUUCAAUGUAAAAGACUUUGGUGACAAAUGACAGUUACCAACGUAAACUGCUAAAGAAAAAACGUGGAUGACGUGAGCUUGUAAGAUGGUAAGUGAAAUGAGUGAUUUUAUGAACUGGAAAAUCCUUCUUCGGACAUAAUGCUAAAAGUGUAUUUAGGCUUUAGUUGAUUGAAAGCUUAUUUUCAUCUACGUUCUAAAAUUGUGCUUGGGUGAUCAAGAUGCUUGCUGUGCCAUAUUAAAUGAUGAUGAGAUCCUAAAAGUCAGUCCCAUCUCAGUAUAUAUGUCACCCCUAAUCAAACAAUCUUCACUGGCUUGUGGCCUAUUAAUGGGUUGUCUUGCUUGUAGUGUCUUGGAAUGUGUCAACAAAAUCAGGACACUUGGGAGGGACUUAUACGGCCAAAGUGCCUAUUAUGGACACUGAUAGCCUGCAUAGCUGGUGCAAAAACAGGAAGGGGAGAGAAAAGUGAAAAAGGUUUGAAUGUGAAGUCACUACUUCAUUGGCGUAAAUUGUGAUUUUCCAAAGCUUGUGCCGAUAAACCACAGUUCUUUCGAUACCUGCAUCGUGGUUGUUUCUUAUUAUUUUUAAUAGUAAUUUUAAUUUAAUGCACCUCAAUAAGUUACUUAGUGUGGUCUAGCCAAUCAGAAGAUUGCAGAUGCCAGCAGCAACAGAAAUGAACAAAAGGGGGUUCUUAUUACAGGUAUCCAUUCCCUUCUCUCCCCUUUGACUUUUUCCCUCCCUCCCUCCCCAUCCCCUUUUGACGUGUGCCACACAGGCUCACUGACCAGUGAGGAUGUAGUGAUCUCCAUUUUGAUAAGUUUAGGCAAGUCCAGAUGUACCCUACAAGCAGAGGCUACUUUUUCACCAAUCUACUGGUGAGUGAAAAGUGUCCUCCGUUGACAACUGUCCAUUCCCAUCGGGAAAUUUGGACAAAUUAAUUAAAAAUGUGGAUUCUAACCAGUUCUACUCAUAAAGUCAUAUUAACUGAAAUGUACAUAAAUUCUCAGUCUUCAGAUGCAGCAUCUCUUCAUGCCUUGGAGCUUCUUAUGAAUGAAUUCUUUGAUGCUUCUACCAAUAACCAUCGGAAAAGAGAAAUAGGUAUGUUAAUUUCUAUUUUGUUGAAAAGAAAGAUUGUUGAUUUUCAGGUACUGAACAUAGACCUAUUCAGCUAACUCAGUGUUGUACCCAAUUCAAAUCUCCCGGUUUUAAGAUUCUUUGUGUACUGUAUUUGCGUUGUAAUGUGGCAUUCACAUUUAAAUUAUAUGGAAAUUCCUGAAACAUAACAUUUUAUUCCCAAAGGGUUUGAAUUGGGUACAACAUUGAGUUAGCCGCACAGGUCUAUUGUUAGGAAUAACCAACUGAUCUUCCCUACUUUUUUGAGGCUAUCAUCAUCAUCAUCAAUCUUUAUUUAUACACAAAAUCAUAUCAUUUUUUACAUGGUCUUCCUAGGAAUUGUGUGUAAAGUUAGACUAAAAUACUCAAAGGAACUACUUGACUAUAAUGUUAAAAUACAAAAACAUAUUAUAAUAAGAGUUACAAUGAGUCGUGGCAUAUUAAGAUAAUCUUUCCCAUGAAAUGAAGUUUUAAAAACAUUUAACUAGGCAGGUUUCCAAUGUCUGAGGGAAUCUUUUUCCACAGGGCUAAUCUUCCACUCAGCCAUAUGAUACCCCUACUCAAAUUUUCCAAAAUAUGCUUGGCGUUUUAAGUUGGCACAAGCAAACCUCUUUUCAAUCUUCACAGUGUCUACUGUGUCCAUUAUCGAUUUGUGACAAUGCAUCCAUAGGCAGUUGUUCAAGCUUCUUCCGGCGGUCCUGCUUCAUGGUGCUUCUUAGGUAGUUCUUGAGUUGUCUAAGGGCAGAAAUUGUGUGCUCUUAAGGAUGGUGCCCACUAAUGGGAAGUAUUUUUUCCCAGAUAAUGACUAUGUGAGACAAGUAGAUCAUAUCAGGGGCUAUUGAAAUCCAAAAAGAAAAACAGGGGCACAUUUUUCAGAGAACUGCGCUCAAUUUAUCUGAAUAGGGAUUUUUAAAAAUGAUAAAAAAUUUUUUCCCAAAGUUCUUGGCACAAAUGCAAUGAUAAUUGUCUACAAAAUAAGCAACAAAUGAUCCAAUUAUCUUUUUUUUGAAAUAUCAGCACAACUGGGAAGUUAUCAGCAGUUACCCUCUCCACGCCCUUUCCUCAAAAAAUAGGCAGUGAUGUUGCUGAGUAGGCUUAUUACUUUCAUUUGGUAAGAUAAAAAAUAGGGGUUACCACGUGUUUUUAGAAGUUAAAUUGGUUGGUUUCGACCUUAAUUUAAUUGCUUUGGGGGUAAUUUACAAUUUUCCCCAACCCCUCCCUGGUCAGUUUCACUAUUGCUUCACUCAACGCGGAGUACUCUGGGAUAUCCACAAUGACUAACAGUCAGAGAAAGCAACAACACACGGAGGAGAGCAAAAACAGAAAGUGAAGCAUAACAUUUCAUGGACUCUAAGGAAAACAAAUUAUACUACCGGUAUUUCAUUCAACGGGAGCUUCUCCGUCUCAAACAUUUAACAAAAAUGUUUGGAGAAGAGCAAUCUCCAAGGUAUUAGAGAUUACUUGCAGUGCACAUAGAGUAGUAUGGCGAGCUCAAGAUCCACGGUUUGCUGUAAACAAACUACUGUGUAGUGGAAAAUGUCCUCAAGAUUUUUUGAACUGUAGAUGUAAUAUGGAAUGUAAACCUUCUGUCGUUUUUUUAUCAUUUUACUGGGUAUCUCGAUCGAAUAUGUUAUUAAACUUGGAUACAUUCAAUGAGCUUAUAUCUGUGCUUUGCGCUAUCUCUUUCGGGCUUUGCCACAAGUGUCAUAUGAAAUAAAUGAUUUGCAUAGACUCAAGUUCCAUACGUGAGCUCUCUUUUAAAAAAGCUGAAUAGUGUGAAGGUAGUUGUACCGAAUGUGUUUAUGUACGCUCAUAUGUACACUGGGCUAUAUAAUGAUCAUUUUAUAUAUUUCGUUUUGAUUUUUUUUUACUGUAGCAUUCUGUGUCAUUAUCAUUCACUAUUAAUUUUUUGUUUCUAAAUGUUAAUUUUAGACUUAACAGUGUCUGUUAAACCUAAGAAAGUCUUAGAAUGGAAAUUCUUCAGUUUAUUUUACCUUCCAUCUUUAGUUUCUAAACAGCCAAAUGGCAGCUAUGUCUAAAUGUCCAGAUUAUGUGUGGCGUGAAAUUGAACCUUAAGAAAUACUAUCUACAUGACAAGCUGCCAAUGAGUCAAUAAUUUCAAUGCUUAGUAAUGCAAAAAUGUUUAAAUAACAUUGAUAAUAGUAAAAAGCAUAACAAUUUUUAAUCAUUUUUCCCACGAUGAAAACGUUUCCUUUGCUGUCCGCAACUAUUUGUGAAGCUGCGAUCACAGCAAUCCAAACAAUCUUGUGAUAGUUUUUUCUUGUUUGUUCAACAAAUAAAAGCCUCAGACUCUCAAUAAAAGGGACAUCUGUAUGUACUCAAACGCUUUAAGUUUAUCUUCUGGUGAAUAAUUACAUAAAAUCUUACAAAAUGAAAGAAAUAUUCGGGAAAGUGUUUAUAGCCGAUUAGUCGAUAAAACGCGAAGGACGCGAGUGAAAGGUAAGCUUGCAUUUUCUCGAUUAACCGGAGGACUUAGAGCUAUUUUCCUUCUGAUUUACUGAUCCUUGCCUAUUAAGGGAGUUUUUAAUACCCAAGCCCUAAUCGUAACAUCUUGAAGCAAUAACUUUUGAUGUUUUAGAAUUGACUUUUGCUUGACUGUAAAAAUGUUUGGUCAGAUCGAUCAUACGAAGAAAUAGCAAAAUGCGCAUACUUCUUCGGUUUUCAAAGAACUGACAAGGUAAAUAGAAAUUGUUUUUCAUCUGUUGAAAAACGAGGCAUCUUUUCCACAAGAAAUAACUAGAACCUACCAGACUUACAGGAGACAAAACCAGUCGGCGUGUCCUGCGUGUUGCGCAUUUCUUUCGCGUCGUGCGCGACUACCUUGGCAUGGGCAGAAAAUGUGCGCAGUAACAGUAGUGGGCACCGUCCUUAAGUCGCCGAUUUCACAGGUAAUGCCAAAUACAUCUGUAAAAGUGUUUUUCGGCACCAAAACAUGGGUGGGCUCUCCCCCCCAAAAUUUUUGUUGGGGGGCUACCCCCCCUGCCCCCCUGCUCUGCUGCCUAUGAAAGCAACUUCUUAUUGUGUUUAUUCUAAAUGAAAUUAUCAGUGCCAUCUAAAACUGUCAGCAAUUACUUCUUUAUUUCAGAACAAGUACUACAAAAUUUCAGUCAGCAGUCAGGAGCAUGGCACCAUUGUGUGUAUUUUUUGAACAACUGUUCAAACCAGUAUGUCUUGAUGUAUGCAAUUUCAGUGUUUGAGGUAAGGAACACACUAGAAUAUAAUGAAUAAAAUAAUAAAUUAAUUUAGUGGUAGAACAUCUAUUAAGUGGCUCUUAACCUAAUCUACCUAUUCCUGACCAAAAUGGAGUUUAGAAAUGUUGAGUUUUAAAGAGAAGGACAAACAAAAGUAUUUUGAGGAGAACUACUGGAGCAAUGAUGGGAACCUAAACCAAACUCAGCCUAUACAUGUUUUUUUUCUAAUUUUAUAAAUCUUUAUUGCACUUUUACACACCGUCAGCAGUUACAUACUUUACAGUAACCAGUAACUAAAAUAAAAAUAGGUAAAUAAAUAAAAAUAAAAUGGUAAACAGGAAGCUACAUACAUUGUAACAGAUCAGUUAUAUCAACUCCAAAAAAAAAAAUUAAGCCGGCGAGAUUGUCACUGAAAAAGGUAUUCUCAAGUAUGUUAAUUUUCACAUUUUGUAAUAAUAUUAUUUUCCAUUGGGUUAGUACUUGUGUUGCUACAUCAGAGGAAUUGGUUCAUGAUUAUGAACCCAAGCCACACUGAUGGAAGGCAAACGCUCUCCUAGGCACCCAUGCCCCCAUUGCUUACCCCAAAAUAGUUUAACUGAAUUGAUUGUAAUAAAAAAGUACUUUAUAUCUGAAUAGCAAUUUGGCAAUAAUAAAUUAUUCUCUCUCUUUUAUCCAAAGAGAAAACAGGAGAAUUUGGAGAAAAUCUCCAUAACAUGGAUGUCAUAACCUACCAAAAACACAACUCACAUUUGAAUGUUUGGGCACCUGCAGACUGGCCCAACCAUGCACUGAAAUACUAAAGAGAGGAGAAGUCAUUACAUCACAUUGCCAUGGUAUCAAAUUUUUUUUGCCCUAACAAACCAUGGUCCUGCAAAAUAUAGCAGAAAAAAUGAAAAGAUUGACAUGGAUGACUUGUCUGUACAUGAUUGCAGACUCAGGGACAAUGCGGUAGCCUAAACCUUAUCUAUCAUUUGACAAUUUAAAUAAAAUAGCCAUCUCUGUCAAGAAAAAUUGUUGAGAUACAGAAUUAUUGCUACCAUGGUGAUCUGACAUCACACUUCUCCUCUCUUUUGUCAUUCCUGCACCUGCCUCAUGGAGUGUUCAUCAGGGUGCAAAGAAAAUCAUUUUUACAGCUUGCCAUUCGGGCAAGCUGAAGCUGGCAUUUACUAGCCCAGACGUCAUUUCAACUAGCCCCAAAAGCUUUUUGUCGAGCAGAAUUGAUUUUGCACUUCUUCUGUUAUUUGAAUUCCUCAAAGGACACCACUUGCCCGUCGGGCAAGUUAAAAACAGAUUUCACUAGCUCGAUAGCAAAAUCCACUAGCCCCGGGCUAUCGGACACUACUUUCUUUGCACGCUGGUUCAUGAAGCGUCAUGGUUAUGAAUGAGGAAUAAUGUCAACUUAUUUACUGACAACCUGAUGGAUAUACCAAGUGUCAUUUUAUUUACUGUUCACUUCUUACAGAACUUAAUAAAUAAACAGUGGAUAGGAGCACUACCAGAGGACAAGACUGAAGUCCGACGAUUUCUCAAUGAGUAUCUUCUGUCACACCACAAGAAGCUACCAGGGUACAUUAGAAACAAGCUUGUAAAAGUGAUUGUGGACAUCGGAAGGGUUGACUGGCCUCACUUCUACCCUAAUUUUUUGUCAAACAUCGUUGAGGUAAGCAGACAUACCGGUAAAUUAAGCAAUGGGAUCAUAAUUAGAUAAAAAAUUUCACUUUGCAAUCACUUAUUAAUAAAUAAACAUUCACAACUGGGAGGAACAUUCUUGACCCAAUUUCUUAUCAAUCUGCAGUUCAUAUAAAUUUAUUCUAUUCACAUCAAUUCAGAAUCAUUGAUUUAAUCUCCUUUUUAGGAUGUGAAUUUCAAUAGUGCAUGUAUAAGUUCUCAUAUGACAUCUACCUGCAAUCAACCAUUCUUUUAUUAUUACAGAUGCUUCAGCAACCCUCAACAACAACUCUAGGCUUGAUCAUGCUUCAAACAACAUCAGAAGAAAUGGCAUCCCCUAGGGAGGAUUUGAGUAUUGCAAGGAAAACAGAAGUACAUAGACUUUUACUCAAUGAAGUUCCAGGAAUCCUCUCUUUAUUAACACAUUUAUUGGACAGAGUAUUGGAAAAACAUCGCCGACUUGCAACAACUGUUACCCCACCUCCUUCUCCUACUCAAGGGAUGUCGCCAGUUCGAAGUGCUAGUCCUUCAAUGGCUGGAGCAGAGUCAUUAACCAUGUUUUCAUCGUCAUCCAAAGACCAGACACUUCAACAGCCUGGCAGUAGUAGUCUUGUGGGAAGGUUAUUGAGUAAUUCACCCAUGAAAUCAAGACAGAAUUUAGGGCAUCCACUGCCACCGUUAGAUUCAGAAUCUGAGGAAAUUAGUUCUAUGGCAUUAAAGUGUUUAGGACAUCUUUUUAGUUGGAUACCCCUCUCCACAACUAUUACACCAUCCCUUGUCUCUACGGUGUUUUACCUUGCGGAGUUUGGUUGUAAUGUGGUGACAUCAAAUUCCAGCAGUAGUGUUGUGGGAAAUGCAGAAUUAGGUAAGUAAGGGGUUUCAACAAGCACCGAGGACUGAAAAUGUGCGUCGGCUACUUUUUUUCCCAAGAGAAAAGUCAAGCAAAAAAUGUAUCAAUAUCUAAAUAAAAAAAUUGUUUGUGAUGUGUUUUCAUAAAGACCCAGUCGGUUUAUGUUAGACCUUAGUUAUGCAAACACAAUCUUUCAGUCAUUUUUUCACACGUCUCUUUAUAGGUUUAUGUGGAAUUUGCUUAUGUGCAGAUAUACAUAAUUUUGAUUAUCGUCACUUGUUCAUUGCUUGUAGGAGUUGAUUUUGUGGCCAAUAAACCAAAACUUGAAGCUAAAUUGAAUGAAAAACACGCUCUUUUGUACAGAGAACAAUAGAAAUCACAUUUAUUUUUAGGGUUUUGGGAUUUGAAAAUUUUCCAGGGGAGCAUGCCCCCAAAAUCCACUUAGACUAAUAGUGAUGAUGAUAGUGAUGAUGUUGACUACAGGUUUAUUAUUGUUAUUGUUUUUACUAUUAUUGGUAUAAAAAAUCAUUAUCCUCUUCAUUGUGCUACCACUUGUAAAAAUAAAUUGCUGGGUUCUUUCUUGAAGUUAAGUCCAGUCACAAGCAGUGACUUGAGGGUUCAAGGAUUUUCCUUGGUACUCUAGAAGUACCUAGAAGAUGAAAAGGAUAAUAUUAUAUUAUCAAAAAAUGUUUGUAAAGGUGUUUCAGAAAAUUUGGCUGAAGUCCAACCUCUAGCUUUCACUUGUUCAUUUUUAACAAUGUCGAUCCUCACAUCUACAGACUUACAGCUGCUUACAUACAUUCAUGUAUGGAAUACAGACAAAAACUUGUUCUUCAUUUUAUUAUAGCCUUUGUUUUGGUUUAAGAUUUUUAAUAACAUGGGAAUACUUAAAGAAAGUUGUUGUUGUAGUUAUGUUUGUUUAUACUUUACCCAGAGAAAAUGUUGGGUUGUACUUUCCUCCAAGGACAUGAAUAAGCUAAAAAUCACAGUUAUUGAUGUAAAUGUGAGAUUGGUAAAAAAGAAAAAAAAGAAAUAUAAUUUUCCUUUGUUUUUUGCAGGUAUCCUAGCAAUGUCGUGUAUAAAUGAGUUACUCUCCAAGAAUUGUGUACCAGUGGAAUUCGAAGAGUUUUUACUGAAGUUAUUUCAACAGACAUUUCAAUUGUUACAAAGAAUUACAAAGGACACGGGUGCUCAGGCUGUGGAAAAUAUGCUCACUGAACAAGAUGAAGGGUAAGGUUUACCAUUUGGGAUACCAUCCCAUUUGCUAGUUGUCUAUAAUAUCUAUGUGUAUUGCAAAUACUGGUUCUUAUCAUUGUUACAAGGGUUGGAAGUCUCAUAUUUUCUCUGUUCUUUCCUCCUUUUCAUCCCUUUUUUCAUGCAUUUCCUGCUUAGAACACUAUGAUCUUAUUGCUAUGGUACAGUUAGAGACAGUGAUACUUUUACAAACUGUGCUUGUGAUUAAAUCAAAUUAUUACUGCAUAGAAUGCUUUGCUGGCUUUGAAUAAAGGGUACAAUUACUUACUAUAGCAAGAAAGGGCUGUUUUUAUACUGUCAAACCUAAUUGACUGUUUGAAAAUUUUUUCAAUCUGAUAGCUAUUGCCCCACUACUAUUGAAUCCAAUCUGUAUUACUGCAUUCAUAAUGAAAGCAUUGAAUUUUAGACUACUUAUAACUUCACAGUUUUCAGUUGGUUUCAAAAAUCUCUCAGACUCUUGCAUUAAUUGUAAGAUUUCUUUGAAUACAAUUAUACUUGAUUUCCAAAAACCUACAGCUGUAGGCUGACAGAUCUUUCUUUUAACUUAAAUUGUGUGUGAAUUCACUGCUCUUUUCAUAUGCAGGAAUAAAGAAAUGAAUCUGGUAGCAACAAUGAGUUGUGGUUUCAGUAUUGAAAGAGUCCAUUUUUAGAAUCUAAGGGAGUGCACUUGUAAGCAGCAGUUCAUGUGUUAAUGUUGAUUCAAAAAUUAUAAAUCAAAAAUUAUUAAUGUUGACUGUAACAUAAUGUGUAUUUUGUUUUACAGUUAUUUAAGUAAGUUCACAGAGUUUUUAAGACUGUUUGUAAGCAUUCACCUGAGAAGAUUUGAAAACAGCUCACACUUUCCUGUACUGGAAUUACUGACUCUGCUUUUCAAAUACACGUUUAAACAGGUAACAUUACUGCUAAUGAUGAUGUAAAAUGUAAUGCAUACUGCCUAGGCUUUUGUACAUUAUGCUAGCAUUUUUUCAAGCAUUUUAGUGAGGCAAAAGCAUUGAACAUUAUUCGAGCAUUUUAGUGGCAUUUUCCUCGGAAAAAUAAUUUUUCCGAGAAAAUAAAAUAGAAAUUAACUUUUUUCAGGAGCAGAUGCCCCAUGAGCUCCUGCGUUUUUAAAGAAAAUGAAGACUAAAACUCAAAAUUCACAAAAAACCUAAUACAGCUGUUUUUUUGGCUGUAUUUAUGAACUUGUACACGUUGUCGUUGUUACUUGCAACACUUGCACGUUUUUGUAAGUGUAAACUUUGAAAUUAAUUUAAAAAACUGUUUGUAUAAUGAGCAUUAUCCGAGCAUUUUAGUGACUUUUUUGGGGAGACCGAGCAUUUUAGUGGGAAAAAUGGAGCUUUAAGGUGGAGCAUUUUAGUGGGGAAGCAAAAGCAUAAUGUACAAAAGCCUAAUACUGCCUUUAAUAAUUGUGUCAUAUCCUGCAUUACAGACUUAAUCAAACCCUAGUUAGUAAUGUCUGCAAAGCAGUGCUGAUGUCCUUGUUCUGCCGGGCCCACCCCCAAGGGACUCAACGAAUUACCAGAAGUGCAUUUAGAAUAAAUGCAAUUAUUCCUCCACAAACUAAUUAGCAAAUUGACAGUGGCAUUGUUAACAGGCCAAUCAUGGGGUGUACUCAAAUUCUGGUACACAGGUGGGAGCCCAGAACAAGGACUUUGGCGCUGUUUCUAAGACGGAAUAACUAGAAGUUUAGUUCUGUCUGUGGUGCAGGCUAAUAUAUGAUCACUAAAAUAAUAAUAAACAAGUAGAUUUCAUGUUGUAGAUUCCAUGUGUCCGUUACCAAUUUUUUGUGGUAAGAACAAAAAUGUAGCACACAGGCUGCAGUUACAUGUGGCAUCUUUGUCUGUUACCUAUUAUUGAACAGAUGCAUGGAAAAACUGAGUUUAUUUUUUUUUGCACUGUAACAAUGAAGAGAGAAAACUACAAACUUGCCUCACAGCACUCAAUUGUUUGAGUUUAGUGCAUUUGUUUUUCAAGUUGUUGAGAAACGUGUUAUCUACAUAGUCUUAACCCUUGCUAAACCUUUUUAGAGGCUUUUACUUACUCAACGGGGCUGUCACCAAGAUUUCAAGUUGCCGGGUUAAUACAACAAGAAGGCGGGGAAUCAAACAGCCAGGGAUUUCUUUUGGUUCUAUUUUUCUUCUAUUUUCCUGUGAAAGUAGCCAGGAGCCAUGUUCAUAGUAGCCGGGGGAAAUUCCCGGCCCCCGCCUCUUAAUGACAGUCCUUCUUCAUCUGGAAUGAAGUUAUGUAAUGUGCAACCUUUUUCAAAAUGGUUCACGUGUAGAACAAACAAAGGGCACAACUUUUUGUUGUUGUCAGCCAUGAUGAGUGUGUACUCUGACGGAUCAUGGGUGACUAAGAACAGUAUUGAUAACAGCAUGUGCAACAUUCAUUGUGUUGUACAGGGCUUUGUUAUCAGUGUUUUUAUUUUUUGUAUUUUCAGCCCCAGUUGGAGGGCUUCUUUGCCUGCCUGGAUAUUUGGACUGUUUUUCUAGACUACCUUAUUGGGAAAGUGGCAAAUGCAAGAAGCGAUAAACUGGCUGAGGCUGAAGCUACUGUCAGCAGGUCAGCACUUACAUACAUACAUUGCUUUUUUGUAGUGAAGGUUGGCAUGUUAAAUUAAGAAUUCUUCUGAGCUUUUAGUCUUGUUAUUGGUACAACAUCUGAAUAUUUAGGUCCAGGUAUUAAAACAACAUUAUUUAUAGCCACUGUUUUUUGCUAAAAAGUUACAGUUUUGGCAGAGAUUUCAUAUUUUAUUAGGUUCAAGAAGGUUAGACUCCGGGGGGCAGGGGGACUCCACAUAUCAAAGGGGUGGGGAUGCUUGUCGUCUCGCUUAGGGGUGUAAAUUUCGGAUUUUGGUCUUGCUUAGGGUGUUCUGGGCAAAAUGGCAUCAUAUUUAGCCAUGAAGGUCUCAUUUAGGGUCGCAUGUGAAAAAUAUAAAUAUAUAAUAUAUUGUCUGUGUUUCAACGUGGUCUCUUUUAGGGGUCAAAAAAGGCUUGGGCCAUGCCCAGAUUGGUCUCCUUUAGGGGUUUAAUUCAAAAUUUCCGACGAGCAUUCCCAACCAUUUCAUAUGCGGAGUCCCCACCCAGGGUUAGACUCUGUGCAGAUUAUCCUUGUGCUCAGAAACUCGGGUUUGGCUCUGUAUGCAACAAAUCAGAGUAAUUCAAUACUUGUUUGAGGGGUAACCAUUUAAAUUGAAGACUGUGAGAAGAAGACAGUAGUUUUCGUAUCAGUGUUCCAUUAUUCUACUUACAUGGCAGGUACAAGGAAGUUCUACUAAUGCUGUUAACUGAGCUGCUAAAGAAGAUGCAGUUCAGACAUAACGAGAGCCAGCUACAGGAACUUGAUGAUGAAAGUGUGGAUGAUGAUGUAUGUAAACUCUUUAAUUGCGAGUAUUGCAAGAAAGUCUUAUAAAAUUACAGCAGGUUGACCAUAGAUUAAUACAGCAGCAAAGUUUAGAAGAAAGAACAGGAUUUAGGAUUUUCUUAUGUCUGAAUGAUGAUGAUAAUUAUUAUAAUUAUGAUAGACAUGAUGCAUGCAGUGAGAGCUGACUUUCUCUGCAGUAGAUGAAUGCAGGGUCCUAAAAAUUGGCACCAUUGUAGCAUAGACUGUUACAUAGAUUGGUGAUCCAUUUACCGGUUCCCUCUUGCUCACUUUGACCCAUAAGCAUGAACGAAACUUGGAAAGCGUCGAGAAGUUUAUUAGACAUUUCUUGUGUCUUUAUCCCAAGCAUCUCUUAAAAUGUAUGUAACAAAAAUUCAACAGUUUUCAAUAGUCUAGACCAUACAAAAGAUGUCAAAAUGUCCAAAACCAAAGUGGAACUAUGAGCUGCAGCCAAGUGUUUCAUUGCAACAUUUUUACAUCAUUUUUGUGGUCUAUAAAAAAUUGCAUUAUCAUCACACCAUUUCCAUGGUCAAUACAUUGUGCUCUCAUAGACCAUAGCUCUUGAUCAGUCAGCACACCAGAGAUCGCUUAGUUAUUGUAAAAUUAUUUACUGUUUGGUUCUGUUUCAGUCCGAGACAGAGUGGCAAGGGUUUCAAAGGCAUUGCUUGGAAAUUGUGGCCAAGUUAGCUGAGCUGCUACCUGGAGAAACCUUCUCUUUAUUGGUAAUGAUUGACUUAAUGUGUGUCAGUUUUCUUAAUGUACUUGCACAGAAGUUGGUCAGUGAAAUCAAUUUUUCAACAAUUGUUGUGUUGUUCAAAUAAUGUUUAUAUUGCAAUUGGUGGCUGGGUGCAUGAGAAUCUGGUGUCUGGAACCAUCAACCUAAUGUAAAUUCAUCAACUGAAAUGAACUGGGGGGAAGUGCUCAAAAGGGUGUUGGAGGCUGGAAGUGAGCUGAGUGAAACCUUGACAACCAUGUGAAUGGCAUUCACCCAGGCAUUGUCACACUUACCAUAUUACACUUAUCAAAGGAAUGGAAGGGUAGGAAGCAAAAACGUGCUAAUGAACAUGAGCCAUGAAAGGCAAUGGGAGCACAAGGGGCUGACGUCAUCCAAAAAGCUUUAAAAUCCCAAAGGCCCAUGGCAGCCAUGGCAUGCCCCCUGAAAAUCACAUGUGAGAGAAUGCUGGCCAGCAUUAUCUCGAGUUAACUUAGCCUAUAUUUUAUUUAAUAGCCACAUUAAAACUGAAAUUAUACCCCACAAACCAGUCCAGUGGUGAGCGCUGCUGUUGGCAGUCAAUAAAACAAGUAACACAUGUAGCCAUCCAACAAUGAAAACUGGAGGUGAAGUCUUAUGUUUUGACUGCAGGACCAAUCAUCCUUUUUUAAUGAGUACUGUCAACUCUCAUCUGUCUCAAAGACAAAUGCCACAAGGACCAGUACUUUGAGCAACCUGAUUUCUCACGGUUUUAUUUUAUGCAUUGCUGUUUUGUAUUUUUCAGUUCCCUUUGUUCAGUGAAUAUUGUGAUGUUUAUGUUGGCCUUGGAAAAUAUGUCACAAAGUCUGCUCAUGGUAGGUUUUAUUUUUGUCAGUUUCCUAUUUCUGAUAACACAGGAACCCUCCAUAAAUUUUAAAGUUUAUGGCCAAUUUUCAAGUCUAACAAUAUGGAAAUAAUAGUGAAUGUCACCAUAAAUUGAUUUGUGUCAGAAAAAACUUUCAUGUAUUUAUGUUUUUUUGUUUGUUUGAUUUGAUAGGUUUUUUGUUAAACUUGUAGUUUGCAACAGCAAGCUGUUACCAUUCAAAGGGAGCAAAAUGUCUUGACUGUGUAGUUUUCGAAAUUAUCUGUGCUGAUGAAGAUGACAGGCAUUCAUUAAAAAAAACCAUGCAGUUUGACUCCUUUGGUCAUUUUUAUUAGAGCUUGCUUACAGUGUAAAUUUUUCCCCAAUUUGUCAUGUAACCCUGCUGGUGCCAAAACACAAGAAAAAUCCAAAAAAAGGGAAUCUAUGAUAGCAUGCAAUAAUCAGUCUUUCUUAUUUGAAUGGUCACAUUAUAGUAUUAUCAUAAAUUACACUUGUCUACAUGAGUCCAAAGGUGCUCAUCUUUGAUGGUAUUCAGAACUGGCUAAAGCCAGACCAGUGCAUUUGUAAACAGAAUUUUACUGUUAAUCAGUAGAUCAGUGUAUGUCAAUAGUAUGCAUGGCAGUGACACAUUGUUAACAAAACUCCCACGUAAAAUCUAUUUCAGUGAAAGGUUUGAACUCAGGAGUCACUUCAUAAUUACAAUGGAGGACAAAAGAAAUUGGGACUGUGUGAAAAAACCCUUCUAAGUAAUUCUUACGUAGGACCCUGCUCCUAACGACAAUUUUUUGUUCGGCUUUGGGUUCAUGCUGUAGUCCCCCCACUCCCCCCAGCAAUGUUGUGGCCAAAAAAGCACUCAUUUUCACCCAUUUUGCACAAGAUUCAGCUUUGUUUGGGGUGGGAGGGGAGGGGUCGCUAGUUUUAGUAAUGUCACUUGAAAGGUCCCAACACUUUUGACCUCCAUUGUAGGUUGAGUAUGAUCAUCCGGGUGAACAUAUCCUGAAUAUGACUGUUCAGUGGUGGAUCCAGGGGAGGGGCCCAGAGGGCCUGUGCCCCCCACCCCCCAACCCCGCACACGCACUUCUUUAUAUACCAAACUGAGUUCCGAAGGGCUGAAAAAAUUUUUUGGAAAACCGGGCUCAACCCCUUACUUCAGGCUCUGGAUGACCAGGCCCCCCCUUAUCUCAAGGUCUGGAUCUGGCACUGCUGUUGUUGACAGUGACUGACAUUUUGACAACCUGUGCAGGAGUCAUCUUCACAGUCAAAGUGAGUUGUAUCAUGUCAGUUGAUGAUGUUAAACUCUGGUUAUUGAUCUGAUUGGUCAAUUGGUCUAUUUCACUUUUAAAGUGACCAGUCUGGCCUGCUAGUUCUGUCUUUUGGUAAGUGUUAUAAGAGUGCAAGCCAGGGUAAACAUUCUUCAUUAAAAAUGCUCUAUGAUUAUUCUCUAUGGCUGUGUGCAUUUAUUAAUAGAGAUAUUUUGAAUAUAAAUGUAAAGUAUUCUUUGAUCUGUUCUCUUUGCAGGUCUUCACCUUAGCAUUACUGCAGAGAGUGAGUGCCGUCAUUUACACUGCACACUCAGAGAUUUGACCACUAUGGAGCGUGCUUUGGGACGUCUGUCUGAACAUUUUAUUGGUGAAGUGAAUUUUGCCAACAGAUUCAAUGAUGGAGAGGCUAUAGUAGAGAGACUCGGACAAAUCUCAUUGUUUGGUACACAAAGCCAAAUGUAUGCAGUGCACACGGCUGUUCCUAAUGUACUUCAACAGGAUUUUACUGAAGUGUGAGUAACAGUAACCUUCCACUACCAUGUCUUUUGCCUUUCUAUACGCACAAUAACUCACAAUUAAGCUAGGAAAUCUGUCCGGGUACACUCCUUUAUAGUCCUGAUUAUCUGAACUUUUGCGUUCAAAAACGUUUUUAUGUUCAAACAGCCUGUUAAUCAAUUGAUCAAAAGGUUUAAAAACCUCAAAGAAUUUUAUGACCGAAGGCUGCCCUCGUCACUUCGGUCAAUCAGUAAGACCAGUUGCAGAAGUCAGACUUUCCAGGAAAUCAAAACUGAAAACUGAUCAUAUAUAUAGGGGCUUUAACAGGCUUACAUAGAAAACUUUCAUAGGAAAUGUAUCUAUAGGGACAACAAACGAGAAUCUGAAUUUUGAUGUUAGGUUUCUUUAUUGUUGUAGCCAUGCCCAGGGACUGGCUGCCUUGCAAGCUUACUGUCACUGGAUGGCUCAGUAUUACUUGGAAACUCACAGGCAACAACAACACCAGGAAAAGUUUGUUAAGCUCAUCUCCAACGCUGUUGAUGCAUUAAUACCUUUAUUGAAUAAAGAGGUAAGUUUGAUUUGUAUGACAAAGUUUGUCUGUGACGUGUGUCAGUGGAUCAUAACCAGGUAAAACUUUUGAGACUGCACUGCAUGUGCAAGAUUUCAAACUGUAUCUUUGACAUUCUAUUACCAGUGUGGUUUUCUUGGGAGUAAGCUGUUCAAAUACCCUGAAGAUUCUCUCAUAUUCAUAUUGAGUGGUUAAAAGCUAGAAAAGUCAUGAGGUGUAAGACCUACAGUGUAACAAAAAUAAUAAGCAGCAAUUUUACAUUGUCUGUUUAAGAGCAUGAAAAAUGGAAAAUUGGUUUCAUUGUUUUUGACUUUAGUUGAAUAGCAUUUAAAGUGUUAAACAUCCAUUUCUAGCAAGGUUCUUUGGAAAGUUUCGCAUGAAAAACUGAGAAAAACAAAUUGCACCAUUCUUACAUCAUUUUGGAGCCAAACUCUCAUAGACUUUUCAUCUUUCAACUAAUCAGCUUUUCAAAAAUUAUUCAGUUAUUUUAAAGGUACGUAUAUUUCUUUCAGGUUCCCCAAAGGAUCUCUCUACCUGCUUCACACCUGCUGAAUUCUUUAGCAUCUACUGUGCGGCCUUCAUUCAUGACAGUACUAGAUAACAUACAGAAACUCUUCCAUGAUGUCAGUAGUGGAGCAUUGUUUGAAAUGCCGUUAGAGGUACUCUUUAUCUUGAAGCCUUUUUGCUUUACACUGGCAAGCUCAAGUACUUAUUUCAAAACAGAAGACCAGACAGACUAGCUGUUCUGAUGUAAUCGUGCAAAGGGCUAUUAAUUGCCCAGAUAUUUCAAAUAGUUUUUGAGACUGACUCGUUGGUCUGCUGGUAAUUUUUGGCUACCAGAUUGAAAGGUAGUAAAUGUAAAAUAACUUGGACAUUUUUGUGCUUCUUUUAGAGCUCAGUGCACAGUACAUUGUAACUUAGACUGCAAAACAGUCGCUUUUUUUCUCAAAAUAGGUCUCUCAAAAUCCAGACCUUUAGUUUGACUGUUUGCGCGUACUUGAGUACGCAAAAAUACGGACUCUUUUGCAGUCUAAUUGCAACUUGUAUUGGGUAAGGUCACUGAUGAUAAUUUUGUAUCUAACAGGUGCAGACAUUGGUUAUCAGGUCUUUGUCAAAUGCUCUUGUACUACCAUGGCCAAGUAAAGCUGAUAAUGAACAGGUAGGAGAGGUUAACAUGAUUUGGUUCCCCUUGUUAAAGCACAGUAGUGAUGUUUACAGUUCCAUAGUAGGUGAAAUAAAAUUAAGUCUAGAUGUGAAUGUUUAAGUAAUUUUUGCAGCAAAUGAGCUAUGCUGGCUGAGUUCUGCUUUUGAUGUAUAAAUGAGCGACUUUUAGUGUUUGUGCAGACAUAGACUGCAGAAUUAUUGGUGUAAGUUAGAGAUGUUUAGUGCAACGAUGUUAAUGUUAUGUUUUAUUACUUAGGUGUUUUGUUUCAUCAAAAAGGGAUGUUGGCAUUUUAGCUAACGUGAUCCACUUAUUACGGACACCAACUUCUAGCCGCCUCAUUCUCUAUUAGUCAGAAUCAACUGCACUUGUAAUCCAGUCAUUCAUAGUGGCACACAAAUACAAAUAAAGAGAGUAACAAACCAUAGAAAUAAACAUAACAAGUAAGAAUCCCAACUGGCCAGGGGCAAACCAGUUGGCUAUUUACAGCUGUGGCUGAGGAAUUAAACUCUGGAAUGCCGGGAGCAAAUACAGCUAGUGGUUAGGGCUGGCCUUGAAGUCCAGUGUUUCAACAGCUUGGUCAUUCUGCCUCCUGUGACUAGGAGAGGGGCCCUCAACCGCCUUGUGUUCUGCAUGCUUUGGCGUGCCAACCAGUGUGCUUGUUCAUCAAAUAGAAUGCAAGAAAAUAGACAGCAGUAUACAGUGCAACAGAAUAGCAGCUGAUGUAGCCCAAUUAAUGCCCAGUGCCAAGGGUGUUGAAGCUUUUCCAAUCCUCUGUUUAUCCUCCCCUUGUUUCUUAUUCAGUCCCCAGAAGCACUGCUGAUGACUGAACAAGAGCCUUAGUUGCAAAACGUGUGCUGCCUUUUCCGUGAUGAUAGAUUAAACAUGGAACCGGCAUUCUUUAAGUUAAUGUUAGUGUCAAAAAAAAGAACUAAUUCAUGUUGUUUGGGCAACAGGAGUGGGAGGUCCGGUCCCAAAGUCAUCAAAGGUUCAUACAGAGCAUCAAACAAACAUUCAAGAAUUUAGUGGAAACUCCAGGAUUCUCAGAAAACAAACAACUGCAGGAAAGUGGUGAGUUCUUGGAAUACCAUGAUUUUUAUCUAGUAGUUGUGUUGGAGGAAGCAAGAUCUAAAACACCAUCGACUUGAACGUUAGUUUGCUUGUGGGCCACUUUUUAAAUUUGCUAGUUGCUUUGACAAAGUUCAAAACUCCUUCACCUUCUGCUAUCCUAUGUAACUUGCCAAAGACUGGGUAUGAUAACGUAGUAUAGAUGUCUACCUAUCAUAAAAAGAGGAACUUUUCUCAUGGCCCUUUUUCUCUAAAAUGGCAAAAUGUAUGUCUCUGCUAAAAAUCUUUAUUGAAUAUACCAUAACCAAAUAUUAAAAUUGGUAAAGGUGUCUGCAUCUAGAAACAGCAACUUUAUUUCACAAGCUUUUGCCAUGCCUGAGUCAUUUUUAGCCCAGAUAACGUUGCUUUUUUACUGCCAAGCCUUGGGAAAAUUUGUUAGAGAUCGAAAACCACAUCUGCACUCUUAAAAAGCACUUUGUGUGAUGGGCUGUUACCUGAAUUUUUGUCACGCAGUCAAGUCCUCUACACCAUUCUUGAGGGACCUCUACAAGACAGUCACCUAGAGAUUGUCCCUUGUGUUUCCCAGUGAUUUUUCUGACCCACUUUAAGUCAGACACUGCCUGUGCCAAUAACUUUCAUUUUCCUGAUAGUUUUUUGUACUCACGAGAAACUAACUUUUGCCUAUAUCCAGCUACAGAAUGCUGAUGGGCUGAUGGUUUUCUUGUUUCUUUUUCUUUAUUACAGCAAAGACCCACAUAGAUUUCACACUCCAUGUGUUGGCAGAUUUAAUGGCUUCAGCAGCAGAAGACCAAGUUACCAAGACCAAACUCAUUCUGUACCAGUCUAUCGCAGAUGUAGUUCAACUUACUCUCACAAUCUUCCCCUUGUUUAUACAUAAUCCAGGUAUGUCCAUACAGCAAAAUGUUGCUUAUUAGAGUAUCACUAUAUCCUUUUGUUCCCUGUAACCGAACUAAUUCCAUUCAAAAAAUUCAAUUCCAUUCAAUUGAAACUAGCUACAGUCAUACUUUCCUUCUUGAGGCUGAAGCCUUUAAAUGCUGAUCCAGAUGACAAAAUCUUUUCUUUUCGCUAUCCUGUUUAAGAUAAGAGACAAUUUUUCGUGAUCCUGAUUCAUUUCAUGUUACACACCAAAUUAAGGAUAAUCUUUGAUGUACUGGUAGCUGACAUUAUAGAAGUUGACCGGUUACAUUAGAAGUUGACCAGCAUUUAGACCCUGUUCAUGGCUUCCAGCGAAAGACACACCCUGUUCAAGACGUCAAAUUUUUUAACUGAAAAUUUGCCAAAAUAAUUAAAUUGUGAAGUUGUUAAAAUCGUUGAACCCUGUUAAAGACUAAAUACUUUUAAUAAGUGCAACCUGAGAGGAAAUUACCUAUCACUCCCUGUUAACAGGUUGGUUGUUUUUGCUUUUUUUAUAGCUACCACUGAUUCAAUCCUGGGCUUCCUGUUGACACUUUUUGAGAGUCUGAAGGUGCAGAUAGGCCCAGCAGUGACAGAACAGAUAGUACAACAACUGCUUCAUUCCUUCACCCGACAGCAGCUUGCAGAGACACUACUGCAUGAGGGCACUGCAGGCUCACGUGUCAUCAACAAGUUCCUCAAGAUUCUUCAGCUGUUGGUCCAGGAACCUGCUUCUUCAUUCAAGACAUUCCUUCCCAAUAUCAUUGGACUUUGUAUGGAUCAGCUUUACCCAAUUAUAAUCGAGGUAAGAAACGAUGGUCGCUGGAGUUCUACGGCUUUUCUAAAAAUGCCAUAAUAUUCUUUUGAGUGCAAGUUGUAAAAGCUUCAUGAGGUGGAAACGAAUUCCAAUGUCGUUUUUUCUCGUCACGAAUUGCUGGUCCCGCUCAUUAACUUCGUAGCAAUUUUGAUAUUUCCAGCAUAAACGUAAAUCCUGCUUUUCUUGUAAUAAGUAAUCCUUAAAGGUACAUUUUCAUUUAAAACAAGUAAAUAUUAAAGGAGCUGUGUCACGAAAUCUAUCAAAAUCGUCUAACUGUAGGAACUGCCACAUAAUAAAAUCGAGUGAAACAUUAAAAUAGCCGCUCAGACCAUUAAGAGAUGGUACACUAUAAAUAAUACAGCAAAUACAAAAUAAGGCACGGACGGAGAAGCUUGAAGGAGAAAAGAGUGUAAUUGUGGGUUUUUUGAAACUUGUAGGCCCAACAGGAACAGUGUAGUAAACUUCAUUUUCCUUGUUUGUAACCUUUGAUAUAAUACUUGUUAGGUAUAUUUGUUGGUCAUGAAACUGUGAUUUUGUCAUUUACGAGUAAUUUCUUACCUUACGUUAAGUUUCAUAGUGCACGAGGAAGCGUAAUUGGUAAUAUUAACAAACUGAACUAGACAGCUGUCCGUCCAACCUUAAUCGUCUAUUGUUUUGUAGAAGGUUCCGUCUUCGUUUACUAAAACAAUCACUUUUCUUACAUGUCUUCGCAAAGCAAUAUUAGCAUGGUUUUGGUUCGGAAUUUUUUAUGUUGUUCAGUACUUCAAGUGGGUGGUUCACUCAUGUUCUAAAAUCGUCUUGGUGUGAUUUUAAGCUGCUCUUUUUUCCCCUCAGCAACCCUGCCCUGAUAUUAAGUGUGAAUUUUAUGAGCUGCUCCAUCAACUGUUGCUUCAUAACUGGCGUUACUUCUUUCGUACAUCACUGCUGGCCAAGAUGUCUACAGGUGAAGAUACAGUAGAGAACCAGCCUCAGUUCACCGCCAUUAUGCAGGUAGGUCAUGUCCAAUUAAGGACUAGUGGUGUCUGUUAAUUCUCUUUGAGCCGCUUUUAGCAUUCUAGUGUAUAAUGUUGGCUUGCUGUUUUAUGUGACAAAUUGAUAAAAUGGGCCAAGAAAUGAUCUUCAUUGACCAUGACGUUUUCCCUUUGUUGCUUCCCUUGACAAAUUGCAGAACAUGGAAUGACAAGAGUUUGUAGUAGUGGAGAAUUGGUUAUGACUUUGACAAAUAACUCUGUCACAUUAUGAUCAUUUAGAGGCUGCCUCCUCCACAGUUCGUGCAGUCGGCAGUCACUUAAAAGAAAUCUGGUAAAUGAGCAGGCAUGCAAAUGUUGUGCCACAUAGCAAUGUGACACAGAAUGGAACAAAAGGUUUUAAUACCGUCGUAUAAAUUGGUGUGAUAGAGAUGAUCCAUAAGCCCCACUGAGCGUAAACCCGAGUAAAGGAUAUUUGACGAAAAGAAACAAUCUUUAAUUCUUGGUAGUGAGGGGACCCCUCAACCUCUGAAUUAGAUUUACCAAAGAAAAAAGCUCUGUCGACUGAGCUACAGGGCCAGACAGGAGCAAUUUGUGAAUGAUUGAGGUGGUGAAUUGCGGCAGUUAGGGAAAGUAACGGGAACCCGAACGACGUGAAAAUGGCAUUGACUGGAGGGAGAAAAAACGAACGACGAUAUGCACUGAAAAAUUUGAAGCCCUAUUUUUCCUGUCUUUCCCUCCCAGUCUGCUCUCUCGCCUUCCCGAAUGAUUGUACCAGUUUACUGGGUUUUAUAGAGUAAAGAGAAUUUCAUUUCUAAAAAUCCCUUUCUUGACCUCAAACAUUUUGUAAUACGUUAAAACCAAGAAAAUCUUGCAAAACCUUUAUUAUCGUUUUCUUAUCUUUAUUACAUUGCAGGCAUUUGGACAGUCUUUUCUUCAACCUGAUAUCACAAUAUUCAAACAAAACCUAGAAGCAUUAGAAAACCUUAACUCUAAGUUGAAACUUUAUCAGAAGGUAGGUAGUAUAUGCCCUUAUAAUAAGGGAUGUUGGGGAUUGCUUGAGUGUAUGGUUUUAAAGGACCUUAUCUUAUUGGGAUAAAACCUUGAUAAGUGAUGGUGACUUUUAGUGAGCAUGGCCCUUAUCAAAGGAUAAUACGAAAGUAAACUUCUCAAUUCCUUGGAGUCAACUGUGUUAUCACCAUUUAACGGUGACUGGUCCGUUUAUUCAACUGAAAGCGAUGUGAUUUUUUGUUGUUUUUUGUCCUUCUCCAUCCAUCUUUUGCUAACCCAAACCUGAUAGCCUUAAUUUUUUUGCCUUCUUCAGACAAUCUUCAAAGACCUCAUGCUUCUCCAGUUUUUAAACGUUCUCCUUCAAGCUCUGGUGUACAGAUCACAUGACUUGUUACAGGAAGAGAUAACCAUCACUCUUUACAACAUGGCGGCCGUGGACUUUGACUCGUUCUACUCUGCGUUUUUACCUCGUUUUCUUGGCGGCUGCGAGGGACUUACAGACUCGCAGAAGACUGAACUAGGCAAUAAUUUUACUCCGGACAAGGUAAUUGCAGUGAACAGUAUCAUAAUGAACAAAAUUAGUGAUACAGGCCUUUAAAAUCGACUCAGAAAAUGGAAGACAUGUGUCUAUUCAAUUUUUUUAACUUUCCCCUGCUGCGAGGUACUCACAAUGAAGGUAUCUCUCAUCCUUUACCUUUCCUUAUACACUCAGUUCUCUAACCCUGAAUCCCAGGCAAAACAAAUAACAGCCGUGUGACUGAAAUAAACUCCAGAUUUAGGUGACUCUCACUUGCCGUCGCGAGGGUGUCCGUAGUAACUGGAACUGUCUGUGAUUGGUUUGUGAAAUCUUACUUCUAUGCGAGAGACUUUUGUGACCAAACGUAAAUCAGGUCCGAUUUAGGGCCUUUUUACUUGGAGGUGGGGGACCCCAGAUAGGUGAGAUAACAUGCGGCGGGUCACCCCACCGAUCAUGUAAACGUGAUCAAAUUAUUUUAGUGAGAGAUUAUAUGGACAGGCGGGUUACCUCACCAACCUGGGAUCCCCCACCUCCAUUUUUUAAAACGCCCUUAGUCGCUUUGAGAAAAAGGUAUACCUAUAUUGGAAUGAGUUCUGAAUGUCAGGUGAGAAAGGUCUGCACACUAUUUUAGGGAGCACAUGGAACAGAUAAUGUUUACUGCGUAGUGCACGUUAUUUAUUCACUAACAUUAAAGGCGUUUUAUAAAAGAAACAAAAUGCACUUGCAACAGCUUUUUUUAUUGCUAUCAAUAAUAGGCCACUCCCGAGUUCCAAAAUCUGUCACUUUCAAAAUGAGGCCAACUGCCAUUCUCUCUUUUGAAAAUAAGUCUUACUUGCGUGAGAAUGAAAAAUCGUCUCCAUAUCAAAGGCUGAGCACUUAACCUCGUUUUGAUACAGAGGCUCGGGGGGAACUCAGAAAUGGCCUAUUGGCUCAUGAUUUGAGCAUUGUUAUAUCGGUGUAUUAAGGACCAAUGCCGGGUACAGUUCAGUAGUCAGUACAGUUGUGAUUCCUUAACUUCUGAGCAUUUUACGAUGCUCCUUAGACAAUUUCUGAGUAUAUACAUAUUUCUCGUGUCCACCACAUACGUUAGAAAUAAAGUUUUUGAUUUACAAACUGUACUUUGACUCACAUUGUAAUUUUCAAAACAUUCAUUAGCCAGUGUCAAAGUAGCAAAGUUGUAAUGUGAUUUAACAUAUUAGCAAGAGAGGCCGAAAAUGCCCGCAUGGCAUGCCUUCUCCCCGUUCACUGAUCCUCUUGAGCUUUUGCCCGAAUGAUGAAAACCGAACCACGGUACUGACUUUGAAUUUUUUUCUUUAGGACUUACCAUCGUUUACGCAGAGCAUUCACCGAUUUGUAGGCGAUUUACGGUAUUAUAGACUGUGCAACAGCAGCUUGCCAUCUGGGACAGUCAACUUUUAAAGCCACGGCGUUGGGUUAUUUUAAAGGCACAAGACCUGUGUAAUAUAUACUCGUAUAAUAUUGGCAAAAUAAGUUGUGUGCAACAAGAAUUGAAUAUUUUAAUAUAUUUUUGUAUGUACACCAGUCGGCAUGAAUUUUAUUUGUGAGGAGGAUAUCAAAUGAAGUAUUUUGUAUAAAACAAUGUUGUGUGUAUAAAUUUUAGUAGAAC